UGCACAAAGCAAAGCUAGGCUCCAGUUCUCUAUCAGGUCAGUGUAGCUGCUCAGGCAGCAGGAAGUGACACAGAUGGGUGGGACCAGUAGAGUCCUUGCAGUCAUUUCUAAUAAAUCAACCAGACAAAAUCCCUUUUAAAGCACAUUCCUUCUACAGUUUAAGGAGUAUAAUGCACUGGCACACUUAUUUUGCACACACUGUCUCCUUUAAUAUUUGUAUCUUCUAUUCAGAUCAGAAUCUGUGGCACCAUCAUAAGAAGGCUGGAGCAGUGAAAGAGCUUGAUGACAAAACCUAAACGCAGAACCCUCAGCUACAGAGCUGCGCCCAGUUCUAACCAUGCCCUCAAGCGUCGAGCUUGGGCAGAGCCCACAGCCUCAUAUCUAUGACACACUAUCAGUUUCCCGGAAAUGUAUUUCACGUGGGUCGUGGCAGUGACGUAAAACAUGGUGCACGGAAGUACACGCGAUUAAGCUGUGUCUAUAUUCCCAGGCUCGCGGUUUUACGGUGGCUAAACCCCUGCAAUGACAUAUUUACUGUAGCACAAAAGGGGGCACCGCUGCUUCGCUACUGAUCAAAUAACUGUCAUGGCUGCGUUUCAGCUUCCUUCCACAUAGCUUGUACGCGCCCUCUCUGCCCUGCCCGUGCGCGCUCUCGGCUUCCUCUCCCACACGGCGAGACCCCGCCCCACGGGUACGAGCAGUCAAGAGAAGGGGGCGAAGAAGAUGGCCGACAUGGAGGAGCAGCUGUCUGAUGAUGAGAAGGUUCGUGUAGCAGCAAAGUUUAUCAUCCAUGCUCCACCAGGAGAAUUUAAUGAAGUGUUUAAUGAUGUACGGGUCCUGCUUAACAACGAUAACUUACUCAGGGAAGGUGCUGCGCAUGCAUUUGCCCAGUACAACUUGGAUCAGUUCACUCCAGUAAAAGUUGAUGGCUAUGAUGAACAGGUAUUAAUUACUGAACAUGGUGACCUUGGCAAUGGGAGGUUUUUGGAUCCAAAAAAUAAGAUUUCUUUUAAGUUUGAUCACCUGAGAAAAGAAGCAAGUGAUCCAAGGCCUUCUGAUGGAGAAAAUGCAAUUGAAUCCUGGAGAAACACAGUGGACUCUGCUGUAAGAUCCUAUGUGAAAGAACAUUAUCCAAAUGGAGUUUGCACUGUGUAUGGUAAAACUAUUGAUGGGCAUCAGACGAUUAUUGCAUGUAUAGAGAGCCAUCAAUUUCAAGCUAAAAAUUUUUGGAAUGGACGUUGGAGGUCAGAAUGGAAGUUUACAAUAACGCCAUCAACUACAAAAGUGUUCGGCAUUUUAAAAAUUCAGAAUGAAGUCCAGACUGCUAAAGAAUUCAUUAAAAUUGUGGAGGAUGCUGAAAAUGAGUACCAGACUGCAAUCAGUGAAAAUUAUCAGACUAUGUCUGACACUACUUUCAAAGCCUUACGUCGGCAGCUGCCAGUGACACGCACUAAGAUCGACUGGAACAAGAUUCUUAGUUACAAAAUUGGAAAAGAAAUGCAAAAUGCCUAAGAUAAACAUUGCAUGGCUGAAACAUUUUAGUCUUUUUGCAUCAAAAUUAUUGCAACAAAAUGUAUUUGGAUCUGCCAAAUUGCAGCAUGGCCUUUUGCUUAAAAAAAAAAGGGGGGAAUUACUGCAAUUAAAAUAAUUGGGCUACAGCACAAAAUUAACCUGAUCAAAUGAAUUUUAAUUUCUUUUUUGGGGUUGGUAUAUCUGCUAUUUUUUCUCCCUUUUACAAACUUAGGUUUUAGAACAAUCUAAUCUGCUUUGAUUUUAAAUAAGAGACUGCAAAGUUAUAAAAAAAAAAAAAAAAACACUUGGAGAAAUCCGAAUAUAAGAAUAAGUCGGUGAGAGGAGAGAUAUCUGCCACAGUUUUUUGGGAUGGCAGUCAGAUAUAAAGCUCUCAUUUUGAUAGGUUUCUCUGUAAGAAGAUUUUGCGUAAUGUAUUUUUAUGGCUGGCUCUGGCAUAUGUAAAACCAGCAUUUUUACUCCGAUGGAACGCUUUCCAGCCAUCUGAAAAGGACCCAAGACCAUCUCCUGCCACCUCAUAUUGAAUUGAAUGAGGUGGUGCCAAUACCGAGAAGACUGAUGAGCUCUGUCAGGCAUAUCCCAGUCAGGUCAAGUUGACUGUUAAGCAGUUACAAAAGCACCUUGUGUGCCAUCGGUUUUAUUGUUCAGUCAUCUAAUCAGUCUUACACGAAACGAUGGCUCAGGUUAGAAGCUGCUUUGACACAAAUGGUUAAAAGUUCAAUCUGUUAAAUUUGGUAACUGUAUGAACCUGUUGUGAAGAGGAAGACCUAGUUCUAUUUUGGGAAUUUUUUUUCCAGCCAUUGCUUGGUAAAAUGUACCGCUUUGUUCCUGUGAUAACAAUGUAAAAUUGGCUUGACAUCCAUUUGCCCUUAAUUUCUUAAUCUUCUACAGCCUCCAAUGUAUUAUAACAAGGCAAACUGUAAUAUAUAUGUAAUCCUGUACGCAUCAUGUCAGUUUUUUUUCUGCAGUUAAAAUGUACUAAAAUUCAGUGUUACAUUAAAAUGCAGAUUUUCUAUCAAGUUA